AUGCCGCCAAAAGACAAGUUGGGCACACUUCACCUGGCCACAGGAAUGGGACUACAAAAGAACGGAGCGGCCGAAGCGAAGGAAGCCGGAAACAGCAAAGCCCGACGUUCCCCAUCCCUGAUGUCACAGGUCAUUCAAUCGACGAGAGGAAAUGAAACAAGAUCUUCCCCUUCUGAAGCCACUUUGUCGGGUCCGGCCAAUUCAUCUGGUUCGGCCGCCUUAAAGUCAUGAAAGGCAAAUGGACGGGAAUGUGCUAACAUGUUCAUAAAUUUUUGUUGUGUGUAUCAAAACCGGUUGCCUCGGUUCCGUCAUCAGAUUUGUUGGGCGUGGUCGGGAGGCCCCCUCCCCGACCCCCGACCCCACAACAACUCAUCCAGAAAAACUUUUCUUCCUAGACUGGCUUCACGAUUCCGUCACUCAGUCCGGCACAUGCUUUCAGAGUCGCACUUAAAACACCUGUCGAAACCAAAAAAAGGCAUUUCCGAAUUAAAAACCGCCAUUUACAGAAAGCGCCGAAAAUCGUUUCCGUUUAGAGAACAAUUACUACUGCAUACAAUAUAAGUAAUUAUAAUGCUGUUCGGCAGACACCGACCGUCGUAUGUACAAUAUUUUGUUGUUAUGCUGGCUCCCCAUUUUGACGUCUUCAUUGGGCAGUUUCCUUGGCCAAUGCGGCCUCUUCCCAUUGCCAAAAAUCUGUCUUCCUGCCCCUCCUACUUGUUAUUCAGAGGUCCAACAAAUAGAAUCAUAUAAUAGUGAUUGCUGUGAAGCUGUGUGCAGAGGAUUGCCGGUAGUAAGUUGUUCUUGUUUGUUAUGUAACGUUAAGAAAAGCCCUCAGGCUGUCCGGACUGCGCUGUUCGACGCAAGCCAAGAAAAAGAAUCAAAAAACGGCCGAAGAGAACAAUUAAAAGAUUCAAACCGACGGUGGACAACGAACAGCCCAGAAUUGAUGACUAUGACUUUGACGAACGACCUUUGGCCGAGUUAGACUAUCACAAAUCUCAAGAUGAUGACACUUGUAACAGUGAAAAAAUACGAAAUAUAAUUAAGAGAGUAGGUCCCGUCAAAAUCUUAAAUUCAUCUCCUGUUUUGAUUACUAAAUAACUCAAAAAUGACUUCAUAUUUAGGAGACGGGCACAAAGACCUUGACUCUUAAAAGAAACAUUCAAACCCUGGUUGAGGAGGAGCUGGAAGACCAGUUUAAUGUCGUAUGUGGAAAGGGUCAAUUCUCCUAUAUCACAACAACCGACGAGUUCUGCCAAGAAACCAUUGAUGACACUACCUGCUAUGUAUUUAAAAGAAAUAAAAUCGACGACUCUUAG